AUGGAGACCCUGUCCCAGGACUCCAUCCUGGAGUGCCAGAUCUGCUUCAACUACUACAGCCCGCGGCGUCGGCCCAAGCUGCUGGACUGCCGCCACACGUGCUGCUCCGUCUGCCUGACCCAGAUGAGGAGCAGCCAGAAGGAGAUCCGCUGCCCCUGGUGCCGCGGCGUCACCCGGCUCCCCGCCGGCCUCUCCGUCUCCCAGCUGCCCGACGACCCCGACAUCGUCACCGUCAUCGCCAUCCCCCACGCCUCGGAGCACACGCCCGUCUUCAUCCGGCUGCCCAGCAACGGCUGCUACAUGCUGCCGCUCCCCGUGGCCAAGGAGCGCGCCCUGGGGCUGCCCGGGGAGCUGGGCUGCCGCUUCCUGCAGGCGGGCGGGCAGAAGGGCGGCAUGGGCGUGGGGGUGGCGGUGAUCCCCAUGCCCGAGCAGCAGCCCCUGGGCCUGGGCAUGGGGCUGGAGGGCGUGGGGCUGAGCCUGGAGGCCCUGGACGGGGAGAGGAGGCUGAUGGGGCCCGGGGGAGGCGGCGGCGGCGGCGGGGGGAAGGGCUCCACGUGGUCGGGCGUGUGCACGGUCAUCCUGGUGGCGUGCGUGCUGCUGUUCCUGCUGGGCAUCGUGCUGCACAACAUGUCGUGCAUCUCCAAGCGCUUCACGGUCAUCUCCUGCGGCUGA